UCAGUCGAUGACGUGCCCAGUGUUCUGUGUUUGGAGGGAAUUCUGUGUUUGGAGACACAUGCACACUGUGCGAUCCAUAUGACAAAUAGGUGCAUGCAACGGGUCAAAUGGCCAAGCAACGGGUCAAAACCUCCGCAAAGGGCGGCAGCAGAUCAUCUUUUCACCGGUUGUCGACUGUGGUACUUGGCCACCAAACUCACCUGCAAUGAUCACAUCAACAUACACACUCACGCGAGACCAGGCAUUGAUUGAUUUUGGUGUGUGGUACAGGCAAGUUGUCGAAAUUCUAGAAAGUGCCGUCCCCAAGAGCAGACAUACAACAGCAGACCGACAACACACCACGGCAACCACUAGCGCAUUUUUCUGGUUUUUGGCAGUGCACAUUUGUUUGUCGCUUACGAGUACCUGCGAGACACAGAGAUCCAUGAAUCUUCUGCAAUGUGCAUCUGUCUGUUUGUUUUGUCUUACAUAAUCUUCGUUCAAGCGGGACUGUACACGAGCGAUGAUUUGACGUGCGUCUGAACAGAGCCCACACACACAAGAUGGUGCAUAGCGCAUCGUCUGAGUGUGCUAUUCUGCUUGUUCACCAGCAACACUGUGUAGUUCCGAUGCAAUUUUCGGGAAUGCUUGCAGGAUGCGAUCUAGGUGCUGCUUUUUGAGGACGAGCACGAGACAAAACGAAUCAGCCUGAGACAUCGAAGGGAAGGCACGUGGAAGGGCAGAGGACACCAGCAGGACGGCUUUGGACCUGUACGCUGCAGCUCCUCAUCUGUCCCCUCAUCAAUGACAGCUCGCCGAAGAAAUCGCCAGGACCCAGCGACUGAAUGGAGGUUUCGUGUAUCUCUCAAGUAUGAAUGUGCCGGCGUCUGCUUUGUGUGCCGUGCUGGAUGCGUACGUGGAGGAUGCUACUUUCAUCUGUCGAGUAGAUCAGUACUUUCCCCUCCUGCAAAUAUACAAAAGUGACGGAAGCUGAAGAAUAUACAGACGAAGCAUGUUCACCUCGAUGAAGUACAUCUCGUCACCAUAAUCGCCCUGGAAAGGGACAGACAGAGACAUGUGCACGCACUCGUGUUUCUGUAUGUGUUCACCUUGACACAAAUGUAGUCUGCUGGCAUAUAUACGCGACACACGAGAUGGCUCACAACCAAAGACAGGAAAUGGUCCGGCUGAUCCCUGCAAUAACCACACAUGUGACCGUAUGAACCAACUUACAGAGAAAUCAAGUGUCACGUGUUUUCUUCAAUUGGGACCUGAACAUGGGCACUCGGUCAAAGAAUCGCCUAUGGUACUGCACAAAGAUACAGUUGUCAACACGAGCACGCUAGUAAGAUCUCUGGCACAAGAACUUCCUGCGAUACCUGCAACAGGAACUUCCUGUACAGCAGAGGCGGAACACUCGCGGCCAAAUUGGACUGUGUCAAGCCUAUCACCCCGUAUUUCUGCAUCAUCAUAGUGUGUGGAAAGAGGCAGACAUCAGGGAGUGUCAGUCUAUCGACAUUGGUUUUUUGUGAGUGUCUUCCGCACAUGGUCCAGCACUUGCUGCCAGUAAUAUGAGAAGAAAAACUCCGUGCGCGUCAGGAUGGACGAGGGAAUGCCGUCGAAACGCAUCUGAUAAACGGUUCGAAGGACAUGUGCAUCACAUUUGGCAGACGGUACGUACCUUAUUCCGGAUGGUGUUGAAUCGGUCGCUGAGUUGGCUUUGCUCAAUGUUGCUAUUCUGGACGGCAGCUGACACGGAACUGUACCGAGGCGCACGCAUCGACAAGCGAAUACAUGCAUCCACUGCACACACAUGAUAUGCCGUGCGUAACGCACCCGAAGGCCACAGCAAAGAGCGCAUCCCCCACGACGAUGAGGGUGGUGGCGACAAUGCGUUCUCUGUCAGUCUGGGGAAUGAUGUCGCCUGGCAUGCACAUAUGAACGCGUGAUGUAUGCGAGAGCUGUAUGUCGACGUACCGUAUCCCACGGACGUGACGAUCACCAUGGUGUAGUAGAAGGACGCCACGACCUGCAAUCAUAUGAGUUGCAUGAGCACAAUGUGUUCGUGGCAAAUGCCUCCCGACCUGCUGGAACAAAUCUGACCACUCGCGAUCAUCUGUGCACAUCAGUGCAUUAGACGAAUGAGCGAAUGCGAGAACGUGCAUACAAGCGCACCUGAAUGGGCGAGGCCGUAUGCAUCCAGCCAGCUGCCAUUCGUCUCGCGACCGACCGAAUACCUGCCCACAUGUAUGUGUGCGCACCAAGACGUGUGCGUGCAGACAAUCGGAGAGGUAGAUGUGUGGGAUCAGACCGUGUCGCUCAUCUACCAGAUGCAUGACGAGAAGUGCCAGAGCAGUGUGAGCGACAAGACAGCCGACAGAAGUUGCCCGUGGUAGGCGAAGAAAUGCACACGCCUGCACAUGUGGUGUGCACACAGCAGUGCAGACAAGCCAGAUGACGGAGUCACAAUUGCGGGUGCUUAAGGUUACGAGCGCAGUGUGUGUCUCACCUUUCCAGCUCAAUAAAGAUUGCCGGCAGCCUUGCCACGGACACGUACGUGCAGUCGUGCGAACAGCCAUGGUAGUGUCUCUUGUCAUCUGUACCUGAAGACGACGACGAGCCUGAGCAGUCGGAGGAAAACGAAAUACCACUUGGCGUCACCCAUCAUCCAAAGCAGAGGGACUGCAACGCACAAUACACCGUAUGGCGUAAACGCACACAUUGGCUUUGGUAGGUGGACACUCACUUGCCGCAAGCGCAUCGAAUUUGCCUCCCCCGUGUUCCCAAUAGUGAGACAGCAUCGCGGAGGGACGCAAAGUGAACUCGCCACCCUGAGAAAUACAUGCAUCCCGUCUGUGAGCCCUCUCCCAUUCCGCACACACGCAGGCUGGACUCACCUCAGCGCCGUGUUUGUAAAAGGCGGUUCGGCAGUUGAGCAGGAAGAACACCAGGCACUCAAUGUCAAGAAGGGCGAACACGAUGAUCGAGAAUACCUCACUGCACACACACACACACACACACACCAGAAUGGAUGAAAGAAAAUGCACAGAUCCCAGCUCGAGACAUCCGGACACGUGUGUGUAUAUGCUGCAGGCUCACAGUUGCGAGACUUUGAAUGCCGUCACGAAAGGGUAAACGAAGAGCAUGCAAAAGAUCGCAAUGAAGUGCACGCUGUAAAUGGCCAGGCGAGUUUUGCUCUCCGGCAUGAAUAUGAGUCCUGUCUUCGUGAAAGCCUGGGCAAAUGUCCCUGAUCGUGCGACGUCAUUGAAUCAAUCAUGCAGGUGCCUGCAGGGGUAUGACUGGUAGUUGACUCAUUCACGUACCGGAGAAGUGCAUGAGUGAUCCCUGGUAGAGCAUGGAUGCAGCGCCUCUGCCAGUCGGGCUCGAAGAGCCGUGCUGGGACCGCGUGUUCCACCGACGAAGUGGCGACGCGCUUUCCUUCUUCAGCGGGCCUGCAGCCUGCGGAGACCUGUCGGCUUUCAUGCUAGAAGCGUCCUCGUGCUUGUCGUCUUGCGGCUCGCUCGGCAGCAUGAAGGGGUUAUCCUUGCUGUCUGGGAGGUCGGGGGCGAGAGACACUCUUCUCUUGGGAGGUGAAGGCUUCCUUUGCUCCGGAGUCUUGUCAACUGGAGUGACGGGCGUGGCGUCAUCGCUGGCCAGUUGGUCGUUGAGUGCCUCUGCCUCUGCUUUGGUCUCCUUGACCAGCCGCCCCAGGUACUCGUCCAGGUGCGGGUAGGCCCUUGUCAGCGCCCUGAAGUGCGAGCGGUGCAGCACUCCCACCCGGCAGAUCGACGUCGCCAUGACGUCAGCCGUCCGCUCAGUGUUGGAGAACAGGCCCACAGCACCAAAGUGCUGCCCAGGGCGGAUGGUGUUUUUCCUUCCCAGCAGAGUGGUGGCUGCGCCCGAGGCCUUCCUCAUGUAACUGGGGCGGGUGUUGAAGUUGGACUGCGGCACGAGGGGCGGCCUCGUAUCGUUGUAGUCGUAGGUGUAGCCAACGGUUGUGCCCAUCCUAUCCACGCCAGGCGAGCAAACAAGGCACAGGUGGGUUGCGGGAUGGAUAGCAUGCAUACCGUGCAGUUCUCGCUUUGACGUCCUCGAUCUGUAUCCUGUAUGGGCUGAGGUCUUCAUCGACAUUGGCCUGCACGUUGGACAUGUCGUUGUCCUCACACAACCCAUCCAGCAGAAAGAACAUCUCAUCCUGCAAGCAGCACAACACAAUAAUGGCCUAGUUGACUGCCCCAUCCUGGCGCAGCCGUGUAUAUGUGCUCACCGAGACGUCUCCCUUUCUGAUGAUGAAGUCGCCCUCCAUGCAGACGCGGAACUGCAGACAUCUCAGGGUCGAGUUGACCAGCGCCCAGUCAGUGCGACCAUCUGAUGCAGCGACAUUUACCCGUUUCGAGUGGACAGCUUCCGGCAAUCAAUGCAUCUGACGUACCUGGCCCUCUGAAGAAGCCUGUAGUGCAUACGGACAGGUACACGUGGGUGUCUGUUUGAUGGUGAUCGUGCUGCAUGCCCACCUGACGCGUAGAUGAUCCUUCUGUACAAGAACUGCAGGAUGUCGGUCCCUGAACAUCGAUCAAGUGAGUGAGGGAGAGGGCACAUGUGGCUUAUUACUGAGUGCGUCAGGUAUCUCCCUCAGCAGCAGCGCCUCGUCCAGGCCUCUCGACGCCUGCCAGCUGUAAUGGAAGUAAGAUUGCAGCUCCUGCACACAAACACACGAUCAGCGCGGUGCUGGGACGUGCUUUCGUCCAUCCAUGUGAUGUCCCUCCCUCCCUCCCUCCCUCCCUGUCUCUUACGUCGAUGAAUGUUUGUGCAAUGCCGCCCACACCCGCCACCUCCUUGGCCUGGCGCAGAGCCUUGGCGAUCGGCUGCCUCAGCUUCGGACCCAAAUCGCUGACCAGACUCACGAUGUUGCCAAAGAAGGCCGCGUAGCUGAGGGAUGACAUGAUGUCCAUACACCCAUCCAAAUGAGUGUCUAUGUCUGUCUGUUUGCUUACAGGAAGGUCAUGAUGGCGAUCAUAAUGACCUGCAGCCAAUCACAAAUGGACACACAGGGAUGGGGGCCGGUGGGUAUCGCUCACCGUGAAGACCUUCUCCUGGGUCGUAACGGGUGUGACAUCACCAGUCCCUACACACGUGCAGUCGAACAGAGGUACACAAAUAUGACAAGCAGCAGGCAGCGUAGCGGGACUGCAUCACACAGUGUACCGAUGUGGCUGCCUGUGUUGAAGGACCAAUAAAUGGCGUGCACAUAAAUGCUCCGUUCGCUCAACGGGGGCGGGCUCGGGAAGCCUGACACAGAGAAUCCCCAUGCAGAGACAUUAGUCGAUCGAUCGAGCCAGCCAUCCAGCUAGCAUGUGUGUUUGUGUGGUGGUUGACCUGGUCUGCCGAUGCCAUAGCAACAUGGGUCAUCUGGUGAUGGGCUGGCGGGUUUGGCGAUAACGGGCAGGCGGAUAUACCACGAGGCCAGCUCGUCGUUCCUGUCCUCUGCAAGCCGGAUGAACAGGCAGGCGAAGACAUGCAGUGUCGACAGGUAGAAGAAGAGGAUUUCGACGAUACGGAACAGCGACACGUCAAACUUGGCUGUCACCAACAGAUGAUACACCAACUCAGGCAGACGAAACACCUGCACCAAGGACAUACACGAAAGGAUUGAUGGCGUCGCGGGUCUCUCUCUCCAAUCUCUCGUAGCGCUGGCCGACCAUGAAUAGUCUGCAGAGCGGCAGUAUAAUGCUGAGGGUGUUCUCGAAGCUCUCGUUGUCCCACCGGCCGCCCUCUCCCCUGCUCGCCAGAUCAAAGACAAGCGCGAAGGGCACGAUAGUCAGCAGGUCCCGCACGAAGCGGCGGUAGUACAUCCGCCGGAAUACACUGGAUCGCUUGCUCGCCGCGCAGAAAGACGGCGUCUUGGUGGUUCCGCUGGCGGUGAAGAAGCGCUGGACGAAUGACGGCUUAUGCUGAUCCUCUUCGGACUCUGAUAGCGACGAGUCCUGCCGGACCGCCUUGUCCGCUUCGGGAGGGGCGCCGUGGCCCCAACCCCUGUCGAGCAACCUCUCCAUGUGCUCCGCCGCCCACCUGAGUGACACACAUACACGCACACGAUGAGCAGCCAGGCUGAAACACAUAUGCAUGAGUGUAUUUGCCUCUGGAAGAAGCCGAUGGCAAGGGGCGUCUCGUGGGCCGUGUCCUUUUGCAGGUUGGCCAGCGAGAGCUUCGCCAGGAUGAUUGAUAAAGCCCUAGAGACAGGUGAGAACAGAACAGAUGGAGACAUUUUUACUGCAGGGGACGAAGAGUACCUGAAUGAGUGUGCGUUUAGGUUGAGGGCUUCCUGCUUCCUCAAAAGUCGGAAUCUCGUGUAGAAUGCGCGGAACUCGACGUACAUGCCACACGACCUGCACAUCCAUACACACUGGCCUCAGCGCGCCUGCGAAGUGCACAUGGGGAAUCCGUCUGCAUGUAUGAGCCGUACCAUAGGAAUAUAGUUCCAAUCUCCAUGGCGAGCAGCCAGCCUAAAACACAUGACAAGGACACCCGCCGGCCCGUUGCGCCGCGCCUGUGCUGUGCCCAGCGCCCGCGCACCUGAGUAGGGCCAGGAGAAGGCGAGCUGGAGAGGCUGGAUGAGCAUCUGAAAAACGAGUGCCGCACCGUAGAGCAGCAGCAGCAUCCACUCAGCCCACACACGCAUCGCGCGGAUCACAUCGGCGUGCCUCUCCCGCCAGCAAUCUGCCAGCCAGGCCAAGGGGGACAGCACUGAGGUCCUGAAUGUGGUGUCUGUCUCCUGGUCGUCAUGGUUGCUUGACAUGUCCUCGUCGCAUGAGCUGGUCGGCGGCACGGGUGUUUUGUACCCGGAGGGCUCCCUGGGUACGCUCUUGUCCGAAGGCGGCCGCACGGACAGCUCCGGAAUGGAGCACGCCACGGCUGCAGGAGGGGGCGACUUCUCCUCGCAUGUGCCGGGCAGCGACAUGUCCGUGUUGUCGUUGUUAUUGUUGCUGUAAUCGGCGGUCGCCUUCGGUGCGGGAGACGGCAAGGGCUCAUGGCGUUGUUUGAGGAAAGGGCGAAGUCCAAUCCCACUGUCCUUCGGCUGCACCGUGGCGCCUACAUUGGGCUCCGACGACCUCCUGACCUUUUCCGGCUGCUCGCUUCUGGAUCUCUGCGUAUGCACUUUGGCAGUCCUUGUGGUGUUGACGCGCUGAAUGGUGAGGACUCCGCGAAGCAAGCUCAGUCGCCGCCGGAAAGCACUCAGUGUGAGGCGCCUGCUCUUUCUGCUCAUUGAGGGCGAGAGGAGCCAGGCAAGCAGGGACACCAGGCAUAAGUCGCAAGCUCUGUCUGCAUGAAAGCGCUGGCUGAAGUGCCUACUUACUUGGUCAUGAUCUCUUCGAAAUCGUCAGGUGCUGGCCCUGCAAGUGGGAGGGGAGAUAAUGUGCGAUAUAGCAUCGUUUGACAAAGUGUUUCCUAGCCUAUCACCGCACGUAAUACGUUUGUUUCCUCACCCUGCCAGGCAGGCUCCACGGCCCCUCCGAGCGAUGACUGUUUCCUGGGCAUCGCGUCCUUGUCCGUGUCUGUACCGGGGACGGGCCACGCCGUUUGGACUUUUGGUUUGCCGUCAGUUUGUGGCGGGACCAGUGGGGCGGGUGGCCCACCCUCGCCGUCGGUGUCCUCGCGGUCGCUGUGCAAGGGCAGCGACUGCACUCAACAAAAUCAUGUAGACACCGGGCAUAUGUUGUCCAUACUGAUGUGCGCGUAUUGCACCUGUGAGACCAGUGACGGGACGGGGGUAAUGGGUGUGUGGGGGUCCUCGGGGUCGGGGGGAGCCAGCAGCCACGGGGGGGACGCGUUGGUGGCUGCGGGCGCCGUCGGGACAGACGGCUGAUGCACAGGGGAAUGAGCGUCGCUCUUAGCUUCCUCGGCGCUGGCGCUGCUCUCCCCACUCUCGUCUUGCUGUGACUGCUCCUUCUUGUCGCCUUGUUGCGUGGGCAUUUGCUGCUCCUUCACGGAUGCAGAGGAUCGAGACUGGUGCUUGACGCGAGCCUGCGUGCCAUCCACACUCACAUCUUCAUUUGACCAGAAUGGCAGAGUGACGUGUCUGUUUACAUACCUUCCUGAAAGCGGCCUUUGCCUCCUUGAGCCUGGUGAUGGCGACGUCCUGCAUCUUCUUCUUGAUCUCGGGAUACAUCUCUAGUACCUGACCAGCUUACUCAUAAUGACAAGCUCCUCCGACCUGUCUCGCCAGCGGCGCGCACCUGUGCGAAGUCCCUCUUUUGCAGCACACAUGCCGUCACGUUAGAUCGUGACCUCACACUCGCCGUUCUCGUUAGAGACAAAGACUCCCCCUGACAUGGUAUCAGAGAAGGAGAGGAAACAAAGAGUCAGUGACCGUUGGGGGCACUGAUCGAUGUGUCUGUGUGUUUACUUCAGCGUCCUCCAGUAGUGACAGCUCGCCCACAAAUGACCCUGCAAGUGCAGCGCUGCGCUGUUUUGCACAUCGUCACGACGUGUGUGCCAUGGCUUGCCUGGCCCCAAAAUGGCGACCCGUUGUGUGGCCGAUCCGAAGCCGACAAGCACCUCUACCUCACCCUGGACCACAACACGCCACUCGACACCAUCGUAUCCAUGCAGUCUGGGUCCUCACUUGGUAAGGUUACCUGGAGAAUGAUAAACAUCUCGUUGGCCAGCUCACGUUGCCGCAUCAGAAACUCACCCUGUGCCCGUGCACCCAUCCAUGAAAGAGACGCAAACAAAGCACACACAAACUCUCAUUUCACAAAAUGUGCGCUCGUCGCCUCGCGAGCACCUUGGCUACGAGCACAGGUUUGAGCGACACCACCAGGCCAGCUAUCAGGUCGGGAUUAUCCUGAAACACGCACAGCCACACACAGAGUAUACCCUUGCCUCGUCGUGUCUGGUGUUGACAUAUGCUUUCCUGGAAGAUUGGCACGUCCUUGAGCGCCCGACUGUACAGGAACUCACAGACUUCUUUGCGAAUGGGGGCUGGGAACUCACGCAGCACUACCGACUCGUCAACUCCCCUUCAACACACACAGACACAACAUCUCCUCCUCUCCUCCGCACAGAGACACCCGGGCAUACCUAUACGAUUUCCAGAGCAUCUCCAUGUGUGCCCGCACCCGUAUGCACAGCCGCUCGGGAAUCUGCACAUGCGCUAACCAAUGCUGCACCAACACACACACACACACACGUGCGUGUGAGGUGGAUGAGCAUCUCGUUUCUUUCUUCGGGUGUCACCCUCAGGUCCCUCAGCUUCUGCAGGUGAGCGGUUGACGCGGCAUUGAGAGAUGACACCAAUGUGGUCACCUCAGCGUACACAAACGCAAGGAACACCUGAGCACCCACACACCCACACACAGCAUCAAUCGUCCGUCCGUGUGAUGUGUGGUUGGUUGCCUUGGACACGAGCACGAUCACAAUCGCAUAGAGCCUCUCGUCAAACGCCACGAAUACCCAAUCGCCAAACGCAACUGUGCCGGCAACCUGCACAGCACAACCAAUGCACAGUGACGUUACGUAAGAUCUCAUCGUGUGUGCGGUGUGCGUGUGUGCGUGUACUUCGCACCAGUGAUGCCAGGUACACGCAGUUGACAUACUCUUCAUACGCCGACAUGUGCAUCCCAAACGAAGGAGGCCUGCACGCACACAUGUUCAGGGGAGACUGAGUGACUUAGCGACUGACUGACUGACUGACUGAGUGACGGACAGACCUCACCUGUUUAUAUUUGGGUUGACAAUGCCUUCGCUUUCGAUCUUUUGCGGGAACAGAAAGGGGGCCCGCGAGUAAAAGGAGCUGACACACACACAGGUCAUACCAUCAACGUGUGAACAUUCUCCUUUGUGUGCCGUCUCGGCUAACGUGAAUAGGCUGCUUUGUUGGUGGUGGUCGUUGGGCGGCGUGUUGGUUCGCCCCACCAAAAAGAUUCCACACGCAAACCAAUGCCUGUAGAAAACGACAGGGUAUAUCCAUGUGGGUGUACAGCUGCGUGUAUGUGCCCUUUACGAACGUGAGGAGUAUGAAGAUUGCGAACAGGAAAAGUACCGAUCGCCAGGUAUCAUCAUAGCCCAGAAGCAGCAUCACGGCACCCAAACCCUCACGGCCUGCACACAGUGACUCAUCCAUCUCAAUCAAUGGUCAGUUGAUGAUGUCUUACCGAGAAAUUUCCACAGUCUGACAACAGAACACCAAGCUUGAACAAUUAGGCUCGUACCAGUGUGCUGUGGUAUAAAUAUCGUACCUGUAUGUGCGGGCCAGACGGAAAAAGCGCAGUAGAGAAAUCGUCUCGUGACUCUGACAAACGACCAUAGACGGAUGAAUGAAUGGUGGGAAACCGGCGUGUUGGGCGGAUGUGCGUGUCGCUUCAUCACUCACUCACUCACUCACUUGUGACUCCGACCAGCCAAACAGGGCAGUGAGGGGCAGCGACGAGGCCAAGUCCACCAGGAACCUGACGGAAUGCAUGCAAAGCACAUUGCCACGUGUGUGUCGCGUGUGGCCGCCAGACCAUGUGUUGAGGUAGUGGUAUGACACACGCGAGGGAUUGGACAGCUCCACACCACUCUAGGCACCAAGCAAGCAAAUAACAUCGAGCUCAGAUUGAUUGCCGUCAAUGUGUCGUUCCUUCAUCACUCACCUUGCCCCCCGGUAUGGCAAUACGAAAGCGCACAAUGAUGUCCAGUAUGUAGAUCACCUUGUGCAGCCAUAGACAAGCACAAACACACAGUUGCUUGCUUCUUGUUUGUCCCCUGUUGCAUCCCUGCGGCUCCCACCUGAGCAACAGCAUCGAUCUUUGCAAUUGGCCCUCGGGCGGGACGCUCGAAGCAGUAACUGUACGGCACAAAUACUGCACACACCACACACGCCACGCACAGCCAGACAUGUCUCUCUCUCUCUCUCUCUCUCCCUCGCUCUCUCCUUGCCAUUUGUCGCCCGUCUGCCUGCAGGUGAGUGUGUGUUAGUGUGUCUGUGCGGGCCGUUCAUUGGUUACUUAGGUUCCAGAGAACAGCAAAGCAUAUGAGGAAGUUCCACAGCACAUACGCCUGGCUCCCCGGCUGAAUCAUAAACGAUGAAGAGACGUCCCGAAACGCAAAACUACAGACGCACGCACAGCACUUGCCGCCACGCAAUCAACAGACGAAUCCAUAUUUAAUUUGCUUUGGCCUACCGUGCGAAUGGGGUGACGUUGAAUCGUUCGACAGUGUUUUGCCUCUGUUGGAGGAGGGGGACUUGCUGCGGGAGUGGGUGCUCCGCUCUCUCCCUGCUGCGGCUCUUGCUCUUGGCGCCAGAGCCCCAACGGUACCAUCUGCGUACAUACCAACCAAUACACAUCCAUGUGCAGUCAGGUGAUCGUUUGCCGGUCCGUCACAGAGGUGAUUACUUCUUGGCAGGCUGUUCGGGCUCUUUGCCUCCCUCAUCGACGGCUACAACAGUAUAGUCGUCUCGCGGCUCCUUCCGCCUGUCCCGCUUGUCGCCUCGCGAGAUGAUGCGGUGCGGCGGGACGGAUAUGACGUUCUCGCCAAACCUCUCGUUCAUGUGCUGCACCAGGUGCUGCGCCAGCCGCAGCUGCUGAGAAGACGGCACUGCAUUCACGGGCGAAUCUGAUGAACUGCAUCCAGGACAAAACACAUGCAGACAGAUGACACGGUGAGGCGUCCCUGUCUCUCCAUGUUGUUUGUGUCUCUUCCUCUGUGGCAGCUCAGCUCACCCGACGCCUCCACUCGUGGCUUGGUCGCUGCUGCCCUGUUGGUUAGUCUGUGUGGUGCUCUCAUCAGGUGCACUCUCCACUUCGCUCCACUCGUCCCUCUCCCGUCCCCACUCGUCCUUGUCGAAAGGCACCGAGUGAGACGGAGAUGACACCGACAUCGGAAGCUCCAGCAGAGGCGACAUCAACACUGACUGGCGGCCCUUCAUGUGCUUCAUGUACUCUGCCAGCCCCUCGGCGUCCUCCAUACAUGACAUCGACGACGCCCGCCGGGCCCGCAGGUUGAGAAACAGCUGGGAGGCCCGCCGCUGGGCGUCUGUCUUGCCGACCGAUGUCUGCAUGGCCCCCUUAAUGCGCUUUCUGAUGCUGUAGCGCCUCCUGGACCUGAGGGGCAUGUAUGCGGCCAUCCUCUCAGCGCUCUCCGGGCUGAUCCGCCGCCCGGUGUCGCCCAGCUCGGGUUGGACGGGGAGGAAGAACGGGCCCGACACCACCGACUGGCCAGGCCGCCCCUCAGUGGAGGACUUCCUCAGGCCACCCGGGGGAUCCGCGACACUACCGUCCUUUGGCGGAGUCUUGUCGGCGGCAGGGAAGGAGGAACUGCGCCUCUUGAAGGACCUGAAGGCUUCCUGUCCCUCGGACUGUGCGUUGACGUCCACCAUGUUGGUCUUGGUCCGGGUGAGUAUGCGGCGGAGGACACGUGUGCUGUCGUCUCUCUCCUCUUUCUCGGUCAUCUCCGUCAGCAUGGUCUCGGUGCGCCUGAUGGUGCGCCUGGAGAUCCUGCAUGACAGGCACUCACACAAGCGACAUAUCCAACCAAACACAUACAUGGGGACGCAUGAGUGGAUGUAUCGGUACAUGGGUGCGAUGGUCGGCAGGGGGGCGUUGGUGCGGAGCAGGCGGGCCACGGCGAGGGGGCUGGCGCAUGUGAGCGCCGAGUCGCGCCUGUCAAUGCGCUGAUCGUCGUCGUCUUCACCCGCGGCCUCAUCGACGAACUGGAUGGUGCGCUUCCUCUUGAAGACCACGUUCUCGCCGGGCGACACCUCGGUGUCCGAGUAGGGCUGUGUGGCCUCCUGGCGAGCACCCUUCUCGAGAGCGGCCAGGGCGACGCUCUUGCGCCUCUCUGUCUGCAUCUGCAGCAUCUGCCUCGCCUCCUCCGUGUCUCUCUCGGCGAGCAUCUGGCUGAGUGACAAUGUCGACUGGCGCAGGUCGGACGUCCUGUGUUUGCCAUACUGCUUCUUCUUGGUGGACGCACUCGUGGUGGACGUGUCCUUCUGAGGCGAUAACGGCGACAGAGUGGUGCUGAUACGGCGAAAGGGGGAAAUCGGAGACAUGUCAGUGAUGUUGGUCACUGUCGGGCUGCCCUCCAAACUGCACCAACACACCACACACGCCAUCAGUCGACACAAAGACUCACGACGAUGUAAGGGAGAUACGGAUGACCUGACCUGGUUCUGUCGUCCGAUUCUGUGGCGGCAGAGGUGAUGCUGACUCGUGAGGCCUUCGGGGGCAGCCGCAUCAUCGGGCGGCUCACCGGCCCGACCCUCUUGCUGGAUCGAAGAGGCAUUGUGUGCCCUUGGGAGAGGAAGGACUCCCGGCCCAGCGACCUGCGCUUCAUGAUGGACUUCCGCCGGGCCUUGGGCUGCUGCUCGUGGUGCUUGGCCGCAUCCCGCGCAUUGGGAAAGAGCAGCUCGCCGUCGGAGUAGGUCACACGCCGCUCGCCAGACACCGACUUGGUGGUGGUGUCAUCGUCAUCCGACGACUCCUGCCGCUUGUCGGGGUCCUGCAUCUCGCUGUCCGGCAGGAGGGCCCAGGCACGCUGCGCUAAGAGCCGCUGCGUUCCCAGCACACGAGUCGCGGGAUUCCCACCCGACACGAGCGAUAUUCUGCGCAGUGCCUCGAGGGUGUUCUGCCUGGUCUGCUUGUUCUCAGAGAGGACCUUCUUCUCCUCCUUGUCUGUCAGCUCGUCGCUGUCUACCUGCAGCCCAUGCUUGUCUGCACACACACACACACACACACACACAGACAAUAGACGUAUGCGCGACUCCAAGGUGCGGGAAUAAGCGCCUUGCCUGUGUUGGUCUGUUUGCGUACCUUGUGUGAGAUGUCUGGGGCUGGGUGUGGGUGACGGUGGGGUGUGAUGGCCCUGCUCCUCCCCCCUCUGCUUCAUCUCCUUGAUGCGGGACAAAGACACCUUCUUGAGCACACGACGAAAAAACCGACGGUCGUCCGGGAAAUGACUCGACGCCUCUUGCCAGUCCUGCGUGACGCACAUAUGACGUAGGGAAUGGAUGCACCGCACAGGAGACCGUGGAUGUGCACGCACACACGUGCCACCGUGCCGCGGUAAGCUCACCCUUUGCAGCAGCACGUGGCACUUGCAUGUGGUAGUGGCCUGUACACUGCUGGCCGCCUUGUGGGGCACAAUGAGUGACGCCUCACCGAUCCAGUCACCGCUCUUCAAAAUUCCCGCUGACGAACCUGAUAUGUUGACGGAGGCAGGCAGGCAGGCAGGCAGGGAGGGAGGGAGGGAGGGGGGAGGCAUGUGACGCAGAUGGACAGACAGAGGAGAUAUAUAUCGGCUGUGUGAGCUGACUGACCGCUGACGACCAGUUUGGCCUCCCCGUCAGCAAUGUAGAAGAGGUGCUGAGCCAACUCACCCUCCCUACGCAUUCACACAUACACGGACACACAGGCCGUUCACACCGGGGUCAGGGAAGAAGAGGGUGUAUGUGUGUGUGGUACAUACCUGACGAUGUACUGUGACGGCAGAAAUAUCUGCUGCACAAUGCGGAUGGAGGCCUCACGUAGCAAAUUCGGAUUGCAGUAGCGAAACAAUGGCAAACGGUUGAACCUGCGUGUGCAACACAUACAGCAAAGGUGCAUGGAGUCAUGCAUACGUGUCUCAGCUCACAUGUCAGCGUAGUGCAGGCUGGCGAUCUCCAUGCGGAUGCUGAUGGGUAGCCCACGCAGCGUCUGGUGGAUCUCAGAGCCAUACAGCGGCUCAAACUGGCUGUAAUACACCUGCAGACAGACAGACAGACAGACAGCGCCACAUAUACAGACAGACAUUGCAGCCAGCCAUGGUGAGGUCUUGACGCACCCGUAUUUGUUCCCUGAGUGCUCCCGGCAACUGUCUGGUGCGGACGUAUUGCUGUAUGGAGUCGAGCUUCCUCUUGAGCCGGUAGCUGGCGCCGUGGAUAUUCUGGAUCUGGGCGCUGAACAGCGCAAAGAGCGACGAGUACACCGACGCACCAAUGAGCAUCACGCACAAGGCCACAAGCCUCUCCCACACAUUAGUGGGCGCUAUGUCGCCGAAUCCCGCGCUCGUGAGUGUGCAUGUGGCCCAGAAGAUGCCACAUAUGAGCUGGUAUAUGGUGGCUGUGUCCCGGAUGCCGUCUUCGAAGGUGGACAUCCAUCCGUCUCUCAUCUGGCCCACCCGCAGCCAUGCCACGGCCGUCCACAGGCCGAUGUACCACAGCACCAGCCCCAGGUGCACCAGCUGCAUCGCCCGCUCCACAACCACAUUCUUGUGUCUCUUGGAAAGGAAGAACCGCAGCUCCUCCAGCCGCAGCAGCUUCAGAUACCGCAGCAAAAUGACUGCCCACGAGGACCGAUUGGCGCGUAUGAGCGUCGUGAAUGAGAUGAUGGGCAGCGAGGCCAGCAGCACGGUGAUGAUCUUGCGCCGCUCGCGGAUGUGGAACGGGUUGGUGAGCAUCUCACGCCGUGUUUGGGGCUGCAGGGGCGCCAGGUGUCGGAACCGGAAUAUCGUGUCGGACGCCUUGAGUUUGGCGUCGCGGUACACAUACAGCCGGAGGGCACCGUCCAGCAGAUACACCAACUCGGCAAACAUCUCCAAACCCAACCACACACCCUGAGUGUACCACACAGUCAAUGAGUGAGCGAGCCACACACACACCAUGCCAUAAAGUCAUGAUGUGAGUGAUGUCCCUGACCGUGCAUUUGUUUUUGAAUGCCGAGUGGAAGGGUACGGCGGUGUAGUAGAAGAGGAUGCACACCACCAUGAGGUUGUACCACACGCGAGGGAACAGAGGGGCGUACAGCGGGUCCGCCAGACGCUCGCGCUCCUCCUCGCUCCCUGAACAACGACAGACGAGCAAAACAAGAGACACAUACAUGUCUAUAGCGGCUCUGUGUGAGUGCACGGCUUCGGAAUACACACUCGGGAUGUCCAGAAACGUCUGUUCGGUGGGGACAAGACGAAAGGAGAAAGCACGUCCGCCGCUGGCAUGUGGGCAUCAUUCCUUCAGUGUCGUGUGCGUCCCUCACCUUGAGAUGCCAUGGAAUGUACCUCUGCUUGUCGCUGACGAACUUUUUGGAGGCGGCUCGCCCAGGAGGAGGCGGGCCGCACGUCGUACACGUGAUCAU